AUGAAUGAGUUGGAUUCACCGCAUGGAGCCGAAGAAGGCGAUCCAUUGAAAACAACAGAAUAUGAUCCGAAUAUGUUGAAAGGAGCAAGUUCAACACCAAAAAGUGGAUCAUUGAAAGUUAAAAGUCGGAAAAAGAAGAAGGAAUCGAAAGAAAUCAAGAAGAAAGAGGAGCAGUUGAGAAAAUUGUAUUCGAAAUUGGUAAGAUUUUUAUGGGAAGGGGUGCGAUGGUAUGGAAUAUGGGUUCUCGAAAAGUUUAUUAUAAUCUGGAAUUAAUUAAUUUAAGUUACGUUGGAGAAUUUGAAUAUCAAAUAAACUAAUUAAAUUUCACAAGGUUCCUUGGUUUUUUGAACUUCAACAGUUUUUUUUAACUUCAACAUUCUUCGGACCAAAAUAAUAUCAUUUUCUUGAAUCAAAAGAACAUUUUAGAACCUAUUUUUUAAAAUUUAGAUUUGGCCAGUUUUCUGAAAGUUGUUUUGUUCAGCUUUUCUAAAUUUGGAUAACUAAAAAUUGUAAUAUUUUAAAAUUAGUUUGCAUGAAUAAUAUUUUGAUUUCUAAUGCCUUGUUCGAAAAUAGAUACAUCGCGAAACUAUUAGUUUUAAAAACAGCAAUGUCUUAAAAAUUUCUACCGUAACCCUAUUGUUUCAGCAACAAAAUGAAAAUGAAAUAAAAGACAAGGAACCAAAAUGAUCCUAUUGUUUUAUCAAAAAUUUUUGAUUCAAUUAUGCAAAUUGAAUAAUAAAUUCCAAUAAUUUUUUUUCCAAAAGUUUAAAGUGGAACAUUUUUCCAGAAACUGUGCAGAAUAAUCUUCAUAAUCACAGCACUCAUCUUCAUACUUUUAUUCAUUCUCCUAGCUGUCGUAUUUUUGCAUCACAAGGAAAUUGUUGAACUCGGGUUUUUGAAGGAAUAA